UUCUUAUUACGCUCAAGCACUGUAUGUACGAGGCACCAAGCGUUAUUUUGAAUCGAAAUGUAGAGAGAAGUUCUUCUCUUUUAUGGUAAAUUUCUUCCUUGAAUUGACGGAUUGUUUUACAUUUACUAGCAAAAUGAUGUAAAGAACUAUUUCAUCUCCGAUUUGGAACGUUAUUUAGCGGAUUUGACUAGGAAACCUUAGAGUAAAGAACAUACACAAUUCUUAAGUAAUAAUGAGAGGGUCUUCCAGUGACAGUGAUGAUUUCAGAGAUGUCAACCUCACUUUAAGCCCGGCGCACAUGAUGGCUAAGGGCCGUAACAGUGAUAAACAAAAAGAGAAGGACAAAGAUGCAGAGAAGGAUAAAGAUGGUCUUGAUCGCAAGUAUCUUCUGUGGAUUUUACAAGCCAUCAACAAGGUGAAGGGACAGAAGCAGCGGCCUAGUGAAGACAGAAUUAUCCAUGUCUUAGAAACAGGUUAUGGUCUCAGUAGAGACAUCAUUUCAGAGCAGCUUGAUAGGUGUGUUGAGGCAGGCAAAGUCCUCAAGGUUACUUUCAAAGGGAAGAACUCAUAUAAAGACCCAUCCAGGAUGCCUGGCUGGAAGAAACCAUCUGAGAAAACCAUGGACUUUCAUACUUAUGUCCAGGAAGCUUUGGAAAGUGUAGGUGAGGAGGGGUGCAGCUCUCAAAUUGUGGAAAAAUGGAUACAGGAGAACUAUGGGGACAGUAUCCACCCUCGUACAGAUAUCCGUUCGCAUGUGAAGACAAUAUUGAAGCAAGGAGUAUCUGCAGGGAAAUUCUUGAAAGAAAACAGAAUCUUCAGGCUGUCAUCAUUUAAAAAGCCCAAGCCUAAAGCUAAUCCCACCCCCAAAGCCACGCCCAAUCCCCUGUGCGGGUUCUGCCUUGGUCCUGCUGAAAGCAACAAGGAAGGUGACUAUGAGGAGCUCAUCUCUUGUGCCGACUGUGGCAACAGUGGUCACCCAUCCUGCCUGAAGUACUCCCCCGCCCUCACUGCACGGGUGCAGUCUGAACCCUGGCAGUGCAUUGAAUGCAAGACUUGCUCUGUCUGUCGAGAUGCUGGAGAUGCUGACAACCUGCUUUUCUGUGACAUGUGUGACAGAGGAUUCCACAUGGAGUGUCUAGAUCCCCCUAUGAGUGAGAUGCCCACUGGAAGCUGGGUCUGCUUUCUGUGCAAGACAAAAACUCCUGGCAGGAAGAAAAAAGGACAUGUUGAUUCCCCUAUCGUCACACCUCCACGACGCAAGAUCCAGCCUCAGUCCCCUGAACCCCAAACACCACCAUCAUCUCAAGGGAUGUGUCCAACGCCUGGGUGUGAUAGUACAGGUCAUGUGACAGGACGAUUCAGCACUCAUAGAAGUAUUGGAGCAUGCCCCAUUGCUGCUGAGAGCCGAAAAGCUGAAAAACUACAGGAAAAAGCAGACUCCAUCAUAUCAACUCCUAAGACAUCAGCCGUCCCCUCACCAGCCACGCCCAAUCCUGAUGACCCACCCCCUAAGAAGAGGCCAGGGCGACCAUCCAAUGCUAUGAUAAAGGAGCAGAGAGAAAGAGAGGAGAGGGAGAGAGAGAAGGCAGAGCUAGCCCAUCAUGCGACACCCUCACCCAAGAAACAUUUACAGCUACCCCCAGGUGUGACUGAGGCAGAUCUUGCCCUGUUUAAGAAGGCUCAAGAGAAAGCCAAUUCCAAAAUGAUGGUCACCCCAACAAGUGCGCCUCACCCUAACGUCAGAUCUCCUGCACUUAUCCAGUUUGGUCGCCAUGAGAUCCAUACAUGGUACUCUUCACCAUAUCCCCAGGAAUAUGCCAGGUUAUCCAAGCUGUUUAUCUGUGAAUUCUGUCUGAAGUACAUGAAAAGUUCCAGCAUUGUACAGCGUCAUAUUACAAAGUGUGGCUGGUUUCAUCCUCCUGCUAAUGAGAUCUACAGAAAAGAUGACAUUUCUGUGUUUGAAGUGGACGGUGCUGUGAAUAAGAUCUACUGUCAGAACCUCUGUCUGCUUGCCAAGCUCUUCCUUGAUCACAAGACGCUGUACUAUGAUGUUGAGCCGUUCCUCUUUUAUGUGCUUACUCAGAAUGACAAAAAAGGGUGUCAUCUUGUUGGCUACUUUUCCAAGGAGAAGUCUUGUCAACAGAAGUACAACGUAUCUUGCAUCAUGACCAUGCCCCACUAUCAGAGGCAAGGCUUUGGCCGACUGCUUAUAGACUUUAGUUAUCUGUUGUCAAGGAUUGAAGGACAGUCAGGAUCACCUGAAAAGCCGCUUUCUGACCUCGGACUGAUCAGCUAUCGUAGCUACUGGAAGAGUGUGAUGCUUGAGUAUAUGCACAACAACAAGGAGAACCACAUCACUAUUAAAGGCAUCAGCCAGUCCACCGGUAUGGACCCCCACGACAUUGCAGCUACACUACAGCAACUCAACAUGAUCCAGAAAAGAGAUGGCAAUUUUGUAAUCUGCUUAAACCGGGAAGUGAUCAACGCCCACAUGGAGAAAGUGUACAAAGCCAAUCGCACCGUCCUUGACCCAGAGGCGCUACGGUGGACCCCUCUCGUCCACACAAACCUGGCACUGGUGGAGGACGGUGAAGCUGGGCGCCGCAGUAGGCUCAGCCGAGGUAGUCUAGACGACAUGGACCAUGAGGUAGACGUGAUGAAUACGAGUGCUGGGGAGCCUCCGCUUGAGGGUGUUAAGGAGAUGCCGAAAGAGAACGGUGUUCUCGUCAAUGGAGACGCAACGGCGGCAGAGCUCGGAGAGGAAGAUGACGACGAGGAGAUCGUGCGCCCGAGGAAACGCCGACGAAGUAUUGCCCUCUCCGAUGCAAGUUCGGACAUAUCAGGACUGACAAAACCUAACGAACCGGAAGAGGAGGCGAAUGACGACCAGGCGCAACCGGGAAACGAGGUAGAAAAAGGUGCUACCGAGGAUCCGUCCGCGAAGAAACCCCGAACAGACGCCGAAGGAUCGAGCGAUAGCGACAGUGACUCGAGUGACAGCUCGGGUUCCGAUGAUGAUUCGUCUUCGUCGUCGUCUUCGUCAUCAUCGUCCUCAUCGUCGUCGUCGGAAGAAACUGAUAAUGAGACUGAACAACCCGCCACCCCGGCACCUUCCCGCCAGAAACCGACAUCACUAAACGGCGCCAGCCUCGGCUACGACACACCGGCCUUCCAAGCUGGAGCACAGGCCUCCACGGACACCCUCGACUUCAAGAUGGAUCCGUACAUGAUGGACCCAGUUCCCUUCCUGAACCCUGCCAACCUGUCACUCAACCCGGAUAACCUUGACACGCCUCUAAACUCCAUGGACUUUUCUGACACGGACAGCCAAGCGCUCAUCAAGGAACUGUCCGAGGAGGUCUUUUCCAUAGGAAAUAACUAAUUACAUGCAAAACUAAAAAAUAAGUAUAAACGCUGUCGCCGAAUGGUCCGCUUUCCAGAUCAUGUGGGGUUUCAGAACGAAAGCGAGGCUUUUGCAGGCGCCCAUUAUCUGGGCCCAUGGAAGACUUGACUUGUGUUUCAACGAGGCUCCAUAGUUUAGAUUAUAUGUUUUCAAAUAAGCAGUCCUGUUUCAAUUCUAUGUAACACAUAUUUUAAUGGACUUCAGCGCAAAUAGCAGAUGCAAAUAAGCCAUUCCAUCUAUAAGCUUGCGCGCGCAUUACCAUAGAAACCUACCUCAACUAUCGUCAUGCAGCGCACGCCAAACGAACCAAAUCGAGUGCGCUCGCAUGCUUAUAGCUGAAAUGGCCUAUUUUUAUUGCUGUUAUCCGAUCCGCGAUUCGCCGUUUGCGCGGAAUAUCCUUAUCUUAUUUAAAUGUGUAUACUCGUUUGAUACUUGCUAUUACGUCUUACGCCUCUUAUGAAAAUUACUUUUACUUUCUGUAAAUAUGAAGUUUUUAAGUUAUUAUGAAGCGUUUUAUCUGAAGCAGUUCCUGUUCUUUCGGUUAAUGUUUAUGAUACGGUCGAACCAUGUGUUUCUAGUUACCAAUUGACCGUAUUUGGAAACGACAACUCCGCACGCAUCAAGCUUGGAUGCAAGGCUAAGACUUGUGCUAAGUCGAGGCUAGGUCUCCUUCAAGUCUUAGCCUCGUCCCCAUAAAAUUAAACAUUAGGCAACUGGUCCAUCAUCUCAUUCAUUUUCCAAGGAAUCAAAUUCAUGCGAAAUAUUAUGAUAAAUGACGGCCUCAUUUAGGUUAACUCGUGUAUUUUAUAAUGUAAAACAGACACCGUAUUCUAUGUUUCUAGUUCUUCUUUCUGGCUGCCUAGCUAACCCUUUGUCUGUGGCUGAUUCACUCUGAGUCUUUAAAUGGUAGUUUGGGUA